CCUCGAACUCUGUGUGGGACCGAGCUUCCCGAGCUCUGAGUACCUCGGCGCCCUCUCAUGGCCCGCUCGCGUGCCCAAGACGAUGGGGCCCUGGCGAUCCUCGCGUCCAGCUGUCAGCGGGCCCUGGAUCUCUUCGCCACGCAGCAGGCGUGGCGCGUCACCACCGUACGCAACGGCUUGAUGUUCGCUCGCCAGCGGGCCGCCCCUCGUCGCCUGGACAAGCGGGUGGUCAAGCAGCUGGCGGACUUAAAUCACGCGUGCAACGGUGUGCGCUACCUCACCAAGUUCCACGCCGACAUUGUCCUGGACAUCCUGGAGCGCGAGCUGCGGAGGCUUCCGGGUGCCGACCUGUCCAGAAAGAAUGUGCAGGGCGGUGACGAUGUUCGUCGUCAUGGCGACCAUCACGGAGUUGCUGACUAUCUUCAAUGAUCCCAUGUUGGAGCCCAAUGUUUUUUGUUUUGGGGGGAAGGCCACGCCUGGAAACCAAGCGCAGGUCAAACAAUGUGGUACGCAAGUAGCUGGCUAAGCAGAGGAGAAGGAGAAGGAAGAAGAGGAGGACGAGGAUCACCACACCUCCUGAUCAGCGGGGGGCAGAAGGACUCAUGCGGCGUGUCAGGCAGAUUGCCUCCUGGUCCCAAGAUGCGCCGAGCAACGGCACGUUGCAAAGCCAGUCCAAAAAAUGCUCCACCGCCGAUGUUGCAAGCCUAAUGUAGCACCGCUUCGAAUUCGCCCGUAGAAGUCCCGACUUCGUUCGUUUGCCAAGAUCGGCACGAGAGCGGCACUUUUGUCGCCCCAGCGGCCGUACACUUCAACACCCAAGCAAUAACCAUCCUGAAGCAAACCGUCCCAUUGAUGAGUACACGCGUGCUUUGCCAACAGAUGCCGUAUUAUUGGGCCGUUUUUUCCAGAUGGUAUGAACCAUGAUAUUGCCACUCAUGUUGCCAUUCCUUUAAAUUGAUACGAGUUGGGUCCAGAGUCGGAGGUCGUUGUACAGCGGCAGUGUUGGUCAACGUAGGGCGCUCAGUCCAACCAGCCUCAUCGCAGCAUCUGCCUCCCAGUUCGGCUGCAAUGAGACAUCGUGGUGCAGCACUAGGAACUAGGUCUGGAGUGGUUUGAACUACAUGUAAGUAGAGCGGCGCGCUGCGUCCCAGUGCGGGGAAUUUGGCGAUCAUCUCCGGUAAUUUGUCGGCCCAGCUAGCCAAUACGCUGCAUGGGACGUGCGCCCCGAGCCCCGGAAGCCCAUCCCUGCCAGCCGAAAUGACCAUCUCGCUUGAGCAAUCCACGUGGCGUAGGAAACCCCAUACAAUUUGCUGUCCCAAUCUGCUUCUGUUGGUAUCGUGAAGAUCCGGCGGAAUACGUUGAG